CUCGAAGUAUUUGGUUGUGCUGCCAGUUGCCGCGUCGUAGUUUCGUGCGUUAGUUCCGCGCUUGCAUGGAAGUUGAGAAGGUUCUGGCUGUGCAGACCCUUUUUGUUGAGUGAGAAAAGUUAUUAGAAGAAUUUUCGCAAGGAAAUAUCCUUAGUACAUGAAGUGAAGUUUUCCGUCAAUCGUGGGUGGAUCGUUUCGAUUAAAUACGGUUUCUGAGAGAAAAAAGAAAAUUAUUGAAAUUCCAAUAAGACCCAGUACCGCGCACAGUGUGGGUUCUUUUCGGUGCAAAAUCGGAGAAAUUAUUCAGGUUUUGAUUUCGGUUACCGUUCGGGUGCUGCAGGGAAAAUUCGAUUAAGUAAAUUGUGUCCUUUUAAAAGCAAUAUUCGUAUCUUGAAGAUACAAUUGAGUGGUGUAGGAGGAAAAAAAUUUUGAAAAAAUAUUCUAAAAUUAUGAGGAAGAAUAUUAAUUCGGCUUAUAAUUGAUUUUUCUCUGUUGAAUUCUUGAGAAGAGGAAAAAGAAAGGUACCGUACGGUAGAGAAGGUUUUGUGUCGUUACAUACUUACAUGAUAUAAUAUGUAAGCUUGUCCUUCGGUAAGAGUGAUCGGAUUUCUUUUGAUAAGUUGCCUUUUUUUUGAAAUUACAAGAAAUGGUUGUGAAACGACGGGUGUGCUAACAAAUAAGACAAGUGCUCCGUAAUUUUUGGCGGGUAUUUUAGUUUGCGUCCUUUUUUAUAGAAAUUUUGUAUUCAGUUUUCGUUCAUAUCGAAACCGUUUGAUGAAAUUCAUGUGUUUCGCGAAUUUUUAAGUUGAUCGGCGAGGAAAGAAUAUGAAGUAGAAACAGCGGAUUUGAUGAGUAUCUUUUUGUUUCUCGAAGAAUGCUCAAGGUGCCAGCGGCAUUAAGAAAGACCCUAUUUUGGAUAUACGUACAUGUUCGGAGUUAACAAAUUCAAUUGUCUUAGAGCCAAUCGAUGAUGAAACGUGCGGACGUAAAUUGAAUUGGAUGUACAAGGAAAUCGUGUCUACUGCGGAUUGUCGUGCUAUACUUUAAGCAUCGAUAUCACACUUUCCCUGCCGGUGGGAAAGUAUCUAGAUUAUCAAAAUUGCAAAUAUCUAAAUAAAAUGUAUAAAAGAAAUCUGAACCGGACCAUGUUUUCAAAGAUGUCGAUCAUCACAAGGAUGACGGAAACAUCGUCACCAUUUGUUAUGUUUUUCCUGGUGCUGUGCUUAACGACAAUUGUGCCGGUCCAUUCAAUAUCAUGGGAUCGGUCAGUAGAUCUUAAUAAUGAUUUUCGGUUGCUUUGGACAAUCAAUAAGCAAGAAAUCACAUUUGAAGUUCAAGUGCGAACAUUAGGAUAUGUAGGAUUAGGAUUCUCACGAGAUGGACAGCUGGGCGGUUCGGACGUUGCAGUCGGAUGGGUGGAUCAGGGACAAGCAUAUUUCCAGGAUCGUCAUGUUAAGAGGAACGGUGACAUGGAACCAGUUGUAGAUCCAUCACAAGAUUACGUACUCAUGCUGGGAUACGAAAAUGCAACACAUACUGUGCUCAGAUUUAAGAGGAAAUUAGAUACAUGUGAUACUGCACAUGAUAUUCCCAUAACGAACGAUACUAUGCGAAUUAUCUACAUGUAUCACGAGGAUGAGCCACGUCACGGAUCUGUGGUCCCAGGGUCGCUUCCUGAUCCUUUGGAAGCAUACCGAGAAUAUCGGCCUCUAUUCCUGACAGAAAAGUACCGAAUUCCCCCGAAGCCCUUCAAGGACGAGCGUGUCCGCAUCCUGGAGCUACGCAACGAGGACGUUGAAUUGCCACGUGGAGAUGAUACGCUAUUUUGGUGUAAAAUGUUCAAAUUGGAAGACAUAAAUCGGAAGCAUCAUUUAAUACGGUAUGAAGCGGUAAUCGAUUCACCAUCAAGUUUGCAAUAUUUACAACACAUUAUCCUGUACGAGUGCCAAGGCAAUGCACCUGAAUUGGAACAAAUGGCUCGCGAACAGGGCCGGGUAUGCCAUAAACCAUCGCCGUUUCUUGAGUGCAAUGCCAUUGUAGCUGCAUGGGCCCGUGGCUCAGAGGGCUUCACGUAUCCAGAUGAGGUUGGCUAUCCGCUGGACUCCCGACAGGCUAAGUACUAUCUAAUGGAAACACACUACAGUAACCCAAAUCCGGAUUUUACGAAAUUACAUGCACGACAAAUGGUCGAUAAUUCGGGAUUAAAAAUUUACUUUACACAUAUGGUGAGGAGGAACGAUGCCGGCGUACUAUCUAUCGGCAUGGAUCCAAACUGGAGACACAUCAUUCCUCCAGGACAGAAAAGAGUGAUAUCUGAAGGACAAUGUUUAGAAGACUGCACUGGUUUCGCUUUUCCAGCUCAGGGGAUAAAUAUUUUUGCUGUGAUGAUGCAAACUCGGAUGAUCGGAAAAGAAGUUAAAUUGAGACAGAUACGACGUAAUGAAGAACUCCCACCAAUCGCUCAUGAUAGUAAUAUCGAUCCAAAUUAUCAGGAAUAUCGAAGAUUACCCCAAGAGGUCCGUUCACUGCCAGGCGAUAGACUUAUUGCUGAAUGCAUUUACGAUAGUUCGUCACGGAAAACAAUUACAUUAGGUGGACUAACGACACGUGAGGAGAGUUGCAUUGUUCUAACACUUUAUUAUCCGCGUCAGAAGGAAUUAACGACAUGCCAUUCAUUACCCAGUUUGCCGACAGUGUUGCAUUCGCUGGGCAUCGAGGAUCUAGCAACGGGUUCAAAUCCACUAUUGAUUUCAUCACCCCCAGAAUUGGCCGGAAUGACGCUGGAAUCACGUCUGGUCUCGUACGAUUGGGAAAAUCAAUUUAAUAAAUUCCAGCAAGUCACUAGACGUGGCUCAUUUAAGCCAUUAUGCUGGGGAGCCAAAAACCGCCUGAUACCGGGUACGGAAUACCUGGAGGGCUAUAGUCCAAACAUAACAAAAGUGUGGAAGCAACCGCGACGUUGUAAACCGAAGCGACUAUUUGCAACCGAAACGAAUUUCGAAAUGCCUGUAAUCGUUCAGGAGGACGACACUAGCAAUAAUAUAAUAGAAGGAGCGGCAAGGAGUAAAGUAUCGCGAAGUUCAGCCACCGAAACGAUGGGUUUCAGUUCCGGACGCAGCAUCUACUCAUCCACAAUGUGGAUAGCAUCAACAACGGCCACGACGACAGCCACAGCAUUACUGCUGCAUCGAUCGUUAUGGUACACAAUAGCCGUUGUCCUACUGCCCCGGAUAUUAAGGAUAUCAUAAAAGUCGUAGAAUUUUUAUGAUAGUUUUCCCUGGAUGUGUUUCGUUUUUAUAACAACUCGCCCUUGGAGUAAAGAGGGUUAAAAUAUCAGAUUCAGUCAGACUUAGGAGCCAAGGGGAAAAUAUCCUUAAUAAAUUUAAAGCAAAAUUAGGAUGUGUAUUUUUUCGAAUUGUAGUUGGAGUAUAAUGCCGUUGUAUAUAGAACUUUAUAAAAAGUAUAUUUGUCUGUUGUUAUUAGUUAUUAAAAGCUAAUUAUUAUUGAAUAUUUUUAAAUAUUUAUGUACAGUCAGUAAUCUAAGUCCUAUUUAUAACUAUUUUGUUACUUUAGCCUCUUAUUUCACGUAUUCUUAAGGAGCUCUCAUGGGCGACUAAAAACCUUUUCUAAAUGCCAAGAACUAUUCGUUUGUUUCGCCGAUUUUAUUGUAAUCCUACACAACCCAACAAUCGUUAAGCAUUAAACCUAAUAGGCAAUAUAUAUCAUAUAUAUAUUUUUUACAAACUAAACUAAACCGUAAAUCAGCAGUAAAUUCAACUCGCAAUAAAGCAAGGUAUAAAUCAUUAGAAAUAUAAAUAAAUGAAUAAAUGAACUAGGCAAAACCAGAUAAAAGAUAUUGUCAUAAACGAGUAAUUUUCUACACGCCCUCUGUACUAAAAUUUCAUAUUCGUAACAGUGUCUUCUUUCCAAGCAAAUAAACUGUAUCGAACGAAAGCAAAUGUGGUUGUGCACCCUGUAACAUUCUCAUUUCACUCUUGGAAAAACGAACUAAGUCACAGUCAAAGAUUUUUCCGAGCAGCUUUGACUAUGCACAAAAUCUAAUUCGUAUGAAAUUAUGUUCCUCUUUUCAAGAUAAAACACACACACAUCAUUUGAAAACACGCCAAAAAGGACGUAAAUAUUUUCUACCCCAGUUGCUUUUCCUCUUGUGAAAAACGCUAUUGCUACCCUUUAUAAAAGAAAAGCAAAUAAAUAAUUUCUAUGAAUGAAGAACUGAAUAAAAACUUUAAAAAAAUUUAGAAAUGUUAGUGAAAAAAGGAAAAAGAUUCAAAUGGAAAAAAUAUGCUGUUAAUCAAUAAAUAAUCAAUAAAAAAAGAUGAAUACUAGCCAGUAGAUAACCAAUAAGUAACAGAAAGAUGUAAGCUAAUAAUAUCUAAGAGAAUGAGAAAUAGUAGUACGUAAAAAUCCUAGGCGUUGUUUUCUAAUAGCUAAUUUUAGUGUACAAUAUUUUUGGAAUUUAUGAGAUGGUAGCGGUUUUUAAACGUUUAAAGGAGACACGCUCAUAUAUUUCAUAAAUACGAGUAUAUUUGAAAGGGAUGAAAGUGAUUAUUAUAAGAGAAAGAUGAAAAGAUAGAACUAAAACCUAUGUAAGAAGGAAAAGAAACAUGUGAUGCAUUUCAAAAUCGGAUAAGUAAUAGAAAAACAAUAAAAUUUCCAAAAAGAAAAAGGACUCUUAUUGUGUAGUUGAUGAAAACGGAAUAAUAAAAUUAUUUAAAAGGAAAAAAAUAGAAACCUAAAAGCAAAAAUAUUUAUUUUAUUGAGCGCGUAAUUUUUUUAAUCCAGUUUUUGUUUUUAUUCUGAAACUAACAAGUCCAGAUAAAAAUAACAUUUCUGUAAAAUAAUUGUGUAAAUAGUCGAGUUAAAAUUUAGUUUAAGAAACUACUAAUAUAAACAAACUGUUGAGAAGACUAAAAGCAAAAUGAAAGUUGUAGCAAUUUUGAGGAAAUAAAAUAAAAUUAAAGAAAAUGGAAAAAAUUCAAAGAAAGUAAUAGAA